UUUCAAGACUGUUGGCUCUGGCUACCCCGCAAGGGAUAUAGUAUAUAUUGUAAUAACAAAAUUAUAACAAUUUUUUAUGUGACUUACCUACUUAUUGAGAAUAUACAAUAUAAUAAGAUAUUAAAAAUAAGGAACACACUUUACAAUGUCACAACAUAGGUUAUGUGGUGUUCCCGUGCCGUCUCUGUGGUUUAUGACUUUAUUACUCUAUGUCAUCGAUAGAAGUUGGGCCGCUCUUGACGGCUAUAUACCUGGUGAAGAUUACCCGGUGUACGAGGAAGUUCCCAAAGGAUUGUCAUUCACCUGCGAUGACAAAAUACCUGGAUACUACGCUGAUCCAGAGACCAUGUGUCAGGUUUGGCAUUGGUGUGUUCCUAGCAUCGGCGGUAACAUAAUGUACUCCUUCGUCUGCGCCCCAGGUACAGUCUUCAAUCAAAGGUCCAGGGUCUGCGACUGGUUCUUCAAGGUUGACUGUCCGAGUUCACCAGCGUUUUACGGUGUAAAUGAGGAUUUAUACAAAGACGAGGCUGGGAAUUAUAUAGCUGGGAAAAAGUAGUUAUAUAUAUAAAAUUUAUAUAUUAAGAAAAACUGUCAUAUUAUAGUUAUAUUUUAGAUGGCUUUGAUUUUAAUGAGGAUUUUAAAAGGAUUAUUAUUCAGUUUAUUACUUUUUUGUAACUGAAUGGCCCUAAUUUUAUUAUUAGAAAAACCAUAGACAUAGAUUCAACUAGACCCCGCGAGAAGUUGGACUCUAGACUAAACCACUUUUUGAAAGUUUUUAAAUGAUGAAAUUUGGUAUGUGGGUAGCUGGAGAACCAGAAUAACAUAUAGGCUACUUUUUAUCCCGGAGUUCCCGCGGGAUUGAUAGGGUUUCCAUACAUGUGAAUAACAAAUGUGCCCGUGGGAUCAUAGUUUGUAAUGUUUUGUCUUCAUCCACUGCAGUGCAGAUCAUAAAAUUCAGCUAAUUGGCUUUAUGAUACAAUUAUAUGUAUGUAUAAAGCUAUUGUACUGAGACUAUCGAGUCAAUAUUUAUUUAUUUAUAUAUUGUCGCAUCUAUUAUUAACAAACUUUUACCAAAGGCGGUAUCUUCUCAGAUCUAUGUCUAUGUUAAAAAAAAGUUCUCAAAUCACUUACUAAUUUAUAACUAUAAUAAGACAGUAAUUUAUCACUGUUACAUAGAAACACUAUAUUAAUGCACCUGUAAUUUACUCGUACUAUGUAGUUUGAGGUAGUUAUAUGUCUUUUUACCUUAAUAUUUUGCAGGUAAUAAAUACAUACAUGUAACCACGUUUUUGUCCCUUGCGGGGUAGACAGAGCCAACAGUCUUGAAAAGACUGAUAGGUUGCUAGCCCAUCGGCUAAAAGAAGAAACUCAAUUUUGUUAUAGCCUAUCCCUUAGUCGCGU